UUCUAAUCUAGGCAAAUCCAACUACAAUCUCCGUCUUUAAAUGAAAACGUUGAUCUUUUCAACCUCUCAGAUCUUCAGUUUCCAAAUCCUUCUUCAUAAUCACACACUUCACCACAGAAAACUAUCUCUAUCUCCCUCUCUCUCUCUCUGUCUGAAGCAUAUCAAUGGAAGCUACUCCAACUUCAAGCGACCCAUACAAGUUCCUCAACAUUACACUCAACUCAGAUGGGUCCCUCACCAGACACCGUGACUUCCCCAAACUAACCCCAACGGAUCACUCAAAGGACAUCCCUCUAAACCCAAACAACAAAACCUUCAUCCGUCUCUUCAAACCCCGGAACAUCCCCCCGCCGGAGACCAAACUCCCCAUCCUCGUCUACUUCCACGGCGGAGGUUUCAUCCUCUACAGCGCCGCCUCCGCUCCUUUCCACGAAUCCUGCACCAAAAUGGCCGACCGUCUUCAGACCAUGAUCCUCUCCGUCGAGUACCGCCUAUCCCCCGAGCACCGUCUCCCGGCGGCGUACGACGACGGCGUCGAAGCCAUCUCGUGGCUCCGAGACCAAGCUCGCUGCAGCGGAGGGGACUGCGACGCGUGGCUGAGAGACACCGUCGAUUUCUCGAAAUGCUUUGUUAUGGGAUCGAGCUCCGGCGGGAACAUAGUCUACGGCGUCGCGUUGCGCGUCGCGGAGGCGGAUCUCUCUCCCGUUAAGAUCCGAGGGCUGAUAAUGAACCAAGCUUUCUUCGGCGGCGUCGAGCCGUCGGGUUCGGAGUCGCGGCUGAAAGACGACAGGAUCUGCCCGUUGACCGCGACUCACUUGCUUUGGUCGCUUUGUUUGCCUGAGGGUGUGGAUCGCGACCACGUUUACAGUAACCCGAUCAAGAGCAGCGGGGCGGAGGAGAGAGAGAAGAUGGGACGGUUUCCGUCGACUCUUAUUAACGGUUACGGUGGUGAUCCGUUGGUUGAUCGGCAGAGAGACGUGGCGGAGAUGCUGAAGGCACGUGGGGUUCACGUGGAGACGAGGUUUGAUAGAGAUGGGUUUCAUGCGUGCGAGUUGUUUGAUGAGAGCAAAGCCAGGGCUUUGUAUGACACUGUUGAGGCUUUUAUGAAGAGUUGUUCGACGACUGCACCGUCGUCCAACAUGUAGUAGUACGUUGUAAUGAUGUUCUUAUGAAUUAUCUACCAUAAUAAUGAAAUUAUGCAUGCAGUAUAUCAUGUACUUGUUUGAGUGUUAUAAGCGAGUUGCAUUGCAAUGUCGCUUUGUGUUUAUCCAAAUAUAUAUGAUCCGAUAAGUAAUAAUGGUUCUGAA